UAUAAGUCCCAGCGUGCAUAGCGGCGGUUGCCGUUCUUCGUUGCACUGGUAUUUCCUGUCGCUCUUUUUCGUAAGAGUUGGCUGCCUGCUACAUUGUCGGCGAUUUAUUCAAUCAAACGUGUACCUCGUGCCAUUGUAAGAUGCGGUUCCCAUGGAGACCCUUGGCACUGUGUUGCGCAGCCCCUGGGAGACGGGCAUCAUCAUCAGUUCCCGAGGGCAUCCAGAGCUUUGUGCCUGCCAGCAGCACCAUCGAUGCCCACACCCUGGAGCAGCUACAGGCCUUCUUGUCCCGUGCCACGCGCCUCUUCGUCAUCACUGGGGCGGGUCUGUCCACAGAGUCUGGCAUUCCAGACUACCGCUCAGAGGGGGUGGGUCUCUACGCCCGCACAGACAGGCGACCUAUGCAGUAUGCAGAGUAUAUACGCAGCGCCAAGUCUCGUCAGCGCUAUUGGGCUAGGAACUAUAUGGGCUGGCCACAGUUCUCCUCUCAUCAGCCGAACUCUGCCCACCUGGCUCUGCAGCAGUGGGAGGAGCAGGGAAAGGUACACUGGCUGGUAACUCAGAAUGUGGACGCGCUUCAUUCCAAGGCAGGCCAUCAAGGACUGACUGAACUGCACGGCUGCGCACACAGGGUGUUGUGUCUGGGCUGUGGUGCCGUGUCUCCAAGGGAGGACCUCCAGAAGCGGUUCAAAGCACUGAACCCUAGCUGGGGUGCACAGGCAGGAGGUGUGGCUCCCGAUGGUGAUGUCUUCAUUGAGGACGAGCAGGUCCUCCACUUCAGAGUGCCUUCAUGUAAGGAUUGUGGGGGCAUAUUGAAGCCAGAGGUGACAUUCUUUGGGGACACAGUGAACCGAAGGACAGUGCAGUUUGUACAUGAGAGACUAGCUGAGUCCGAUGCGGUUCUUGUCGCUGGAUCUUCUUUGCAGGUGUAUUCUGGAUACAGAUUCCUACUGGCAGCAGCUGACCAGAAGAUCCCAGUAGCCAUCUUGAACAUUGGGUCUACCAGGGCCGACCACCUGGCAGAGUUCAGAGUCAGUGCUCGUUGUGGGGAGGUAUUGUCUGUCAUUCAGCCUCACUGACCACAAAGACAGACGGAAGGCCUCACUAGGACUUCAGUCACUGAUCCACAGAUACCGUUGUAUUGUUUUGAGAACUAUUCAGUGGGCUCUACUAUUCUAACUCUUGGUCAACCUGGCAGCAAUGCAAUCAGCUUUAGGACAUUGGGCUGAAGUGAUGGACACUACUAGUAACCAGGAAUCAUGUGUUAUGGGCUUGUACAUAUACAGUGCCUUUAGAAAGUAUUCAAAUCUCUGUACCCCACAGAUACAAUUAUCUGUAAGGUCCCUCAGUCGAGCUGUGAAUUUCAAACACAGAUUCAACCACCAGGGAAGUUUUCCAAUGCCUUGCAAAGGGCACCAAUUGGUAGAUGGGUAAAAUAAAAAGCAGAC